CAAUCCGACUCUGAACAACAGUCUGAAUUCCACAAUUCCGACUCGACAACCGACAAGAUGUCGUCCCAAGAAAGCCCUCUCGCGAAUAUGUACAUUCCCAACAACCAGUGGCGCUAUGCUCGUGCCUGUAUGGUUUGUUCUAUCAUCAUGACUUUAUCUGACUUCCGUUCACGAGGAUGUCCCAACUGUCCCUUCCUCGACAUGAAGGGUUCCUCCGAGGCGAUUGAGAAUUGCACGUCUAGCCAGUUCAACGACGUUCAUCUUGUCGUCCAACCCCAGAUUUCCUGGACCUCGAAGUGGAUGCGUCUUAAGGAUUUCGUCCCUGGCAUCUACGCUAUCAAGGUUAACGGAUCACUGCCUGACGACGUCAAGCAGAGUCUGCUUGAUGACAACCAUGCCAUCGUCCCCCGCGACGGCUCCGCCCAAGAUAUCGAUUAGGCUUCGAAUCAGGACGUAACACAGACAGCGGGAGGUAAUCAGGCCCUUAGUGCAUCGCGCCAAGCACGACGACGACGCCGCGUGCGAGCCCGUCGUCAACAAGACCAGACUCCUGCCACUCCUGCUGCCCCUGCCGCCCCUGCCGCCCCUGCCGCCUCAACACCCACCUCAGCUGAGACGGUUGCUGCAGCAGUCUCCGCUCCAGCACCCGCUACUCCUGAUAGUCACACCUAAGAGGGUUGUUUAGCAAUUCAACUCGACAAUGGAACGGCGGUAUGGGGUUAUAAGGUGGCCCGGCUCAACAAGGCCCCUCUAGGCGUCUCGGUAAUUCAGUUUUAGUCGUUUCGGUCGCAUAGCACGGUGUUUCGGGAAGGAACGCAAGGUCAAGCAAGAUCUUUGCUAUACCCAAAAUGGUUGAUUUAACCCUAGGAAAGGGGACUGGCAUGACAGGAAAAAUGGGAAAAGGCUCAUAGUUGAUUCGAUUUGCAGAUUCAUAAGGACCGACUACUUAGGUCGGUAUCAUAAUUGAGUUACCUUGAUUUUCCCCUGA